CAAAGUUCAGUGGAGCACGGAGUGGGCAGUGCCCCCCAUGUAUCCCCAGCGCGCUGCUUGCUCUGUCUAUAUAAAACAAAGCAAUCUAAACUUUGCUUAAUGUCGAGGCUUUUGUUUCUCAUUUUUAACACGGUGUGGCUGGGCAGCCGCAGGUGCGGGCCCGGGAGGCGGCGUUGCCAUGUGCCAGGCAGAAUGGAGGCCCUGGAGGAGAGAGAGGAAGUGGAGGAAACAGCAGAAGAUGCGAUCUCUAUGAAUAUCAGUGAUGACCUCGAUGACCUGCGUGAAGUUGUGGAGAAAGCCUCUGUGACAAGUGGUGAACCUGAUUUUGACUGGAGCUCCAUUGACACAUCCCACUUACCAUCUUCGUACAAGACAAAUUCCCAGCAGGAAGAGGAACUGCUGCAGCUGGCUGACCAUUUCUUCCAGCAGUACACUCACCUGUGCCCUGACCGCAAGCCGCUCUUCAUUCACCCGCUCAACGAGUGUGGUGUGCAGAAGUUUGUGAGCACAACAGUGAGGCCAACCCUGCUGCCUUUCCCAGACCUAUACUACUGGUCAGGCUGUGCCAGCUUUGUCUGUGAUUACCUCAUCAUGGAGCCCCUCAAGUGCCCAAUCACACCGCCCAGUUCACUCUAUUCCCCAACCACCAUUCUGAAAUACCAGCGAGGGAACUGCUUUGACUUCAGUGUGCUGCUGUGCUCCCUGCUGAUCGGGGCUGGCUACGAUGCCUACUGCGUACAUGGAUAUGCCACCCUCGAGAUGUGCUCCCUGGACCAGACUCAGGAGCUGUGCCCACUGCUCAGGAAGCCCCCAGAGGUGCCAGAAGAGGAAGAUCCCAACAAGUAUAGAAUUAAGUACCCUUUAGAACCACAAAGCAAGUUUGAGCUUCAGCAGAAGGCCAAGGAGCAGGAAGAAACUGAACCUGUACAAGAGGAGGAAAUAGAAGAGGAGGUGGUCACGGAGGUGGGAAUGCCCAAGCGAGACCCUUUGCACGGAUUACGGGUGCACGCGUGGGUUCUGGUUCUGCCUGGGAAGAGGAAGGUUCCCGAGACCUUCUUCAUCAACCCGUUGACAGGAAAUCACCACAGCACCACGGAUGAGUGCUUCCUUGGGAUUGAGAGCAUCUGGAACCACAGGAACUACUGGGUGAACAUGCAAGACUGCCGCAAAGGCUGCAAGGAUCUCAGCUUUGACUUGAGUGAUUCUAUCUGCUGGGAAAUAAUGUUUUCAGAGAGCCAUGAGCCUUCUCAGUCACCCACAGAGUCACCCAAGAAAGACACGGAUGACACGCCGGAAAAGGGGGAAAUAGACAUGAGCUUUGAGAUGCCACUAUCAUGGGUAACCCGAAUUAGGGUCUCUUGCAGAGAAUAUGAGAAUCCCUUUUCCCGGGGGAAGAAGGUGAUCCUGUACGAUAAAGCAAAACUGGAGAAAUGGGCGGCGUACGCGAAUGGAGAUGGGCUGGUGGAACGCCUCACUGUCUAUGCAGACUCAGAGCGUACUGAAGAACUGGAGGUGAAGGAAUGGUUCAAACACCGAGAAGACCUGUUGUAUAUGAGAGAAGUGAAUAAACAAACACAGCUGAUCACAGACCAUUUCAGGCCAGGACACUCCCUCCUUCUUAAAGUUCACUCCUACACGUCACUGGAACCUGAGACUGGGCACACAGUGGAGUUUUAUCACACAGCACGAGUUGAUGGCCUCUGGAAACGUUUUGAAAAUGCUACUGAGAUGACAGAGUACUUCAUGGGGCGGGAGGACUUCCUGCACAUGCGGCACAUAGAGUUUGGUGAAAGAGAAAAGGAAAUGGAAAACGCUGGCAUCACAGCUGAUGCUAACCCCCGGCCUAUAGUGCAAAUCAAGGAGUACUUCCAAAGAAAUCCAGAAAAGCCUGCUGAUGAAGAUAUAGAGGAACGUGUCUUUAUGGUCAUAGAUGAUAUCAUCCAGCUGACAUAUCACCUGGAGCUUCAUGACACCAUUGCCUCAAAGGUGGUUUUCUGCAGAGUAAUAGGGAGGGAGAAGAGAGAAGAUGAAAUCUUCCUGAGCAGAGAAAACACUGUCAAAUAUGAGCCAUGGUCCUCAGAGAAACACAAGAACAUGUUCCAUCUGUAUGACUUGCUGUGGGAGCUGAGAGAAGAACAGAAGGAGCUGAAGCAACAUGUCCGGGACGCUGAAGCAGAGAUGUUAAAUAUUUUGAUGGUCCGUGAGGAUGAAGAAGCCAAUAUUAAAUUGUCAGAUUCAAUGUACAGCACUGCAAAGAGAGGACAACAGCAAGAAGCCACGGAGGUGGAAGAGGAGCAGAAGAGCUCCCAGAGUUCCUUAAAGGAUGAGAGUCAGCACAUGGGAGGGGAGGCUGAAUCCAUCGCCCAUCGCACUGCAACCAACUCCACCAUGUAGAGACUGCAGGGACUGGGAAUGGCUGCCUGGGCAGGGAGGUUUACAAGUCAGCCCCAGGAACUGGCACUGAAACUACUCUGUGAAAUUCUUCAGUCCAUGUCCCACUGAGGUUUCCCUCUGAUAUCCCCCUUCUUGUUCUAGGGAAAAGCAGUUGCCACAAUAGAAAAAAAAAAAACAUUCUCUUAAAGAGAUGCUGCUUAGGAAUCCUCACCCAGCUGGGCACCUUGGGUGUGACUGAUUUCUUCAUUCCUUUUCUGGAGGGAGCUGCCUGCAGUAAAUCUUUCAAUAUCAUCACAUUUGUGGAGAUUUUAAUGGAUUUGCACCAUUCUGCACCUUUUCCUUUUCCCUAUUUUGUUCUAAGGCCCAUCUGCAGUUACAUAAAUUGUCUCCUCAUGAAACUCCAUCAUGUUUGAGACUCGAGUCUGAACAGGACCUUAACCCUAAGAUCUGCUUCAGAAGGGGAGACAAACCAUGCACAGUCUUUUAGGGCUUUACUUUUCCAAAUCUGCUUCAUAGCAGGAGUGGGAUUAUUUGGGAAUACUCAUUCUUUUCCAAUAUAUUAUUUCAACUAAUUCAUAAAUCAGUUUUGCAUAAGCAAACAUUUUGAACUGCUGAGUUCACAAAUGUAACAUUUCUUUGACCUCAUCUAGAGCCCUGUAAUGACAAAACAUUGCCCCAUGUAACAUUGUGGUUAUGAACUCAUCAGUGUUAAUUCAAUACCAGAGAAGACACCAGAAUAAAUAAAUUUAAAAAUCCUUUUACAGGCAUUAGGGACACAGCAGCUGCCAAACCAUCAGCAAAUGCAUUACAGAAUCAUUACAGAACAUUGCAGGGUUGGAAUGGCCCUUAAAGAUCAUUUAACCCCAAGUCCCUGGCCAGGAGAUUUCCCUGUAGUCCUCCAAGGACACCUGUCCUCGUUUCCACUUCCUGAAAAUUUCUUUUCCUUUCUGAGAAAAUAAAGUCUUCUACAGUAGUCUAUUUUUUUUCUCUGCUGUUCAGCAGCUCCUUAUCCAUCCACGAAGGCCUCCUGGCAUUCUUGCCGGAUUUCCCUCUUGUCGGCAUGCAUCGCUCCUGAGCUUGAAGGAUGCGAUCCCUGAAAUUCAGCCUGCAUUCUUGGGUCAUUAUCAAGGAGUAGCAUCAAAUUAAUUUUAUUUUCCUCAGUUGAUUGGAGUAAUUGGUUUCAAAGACAGCGAGAAACACGCACAAGCGGCGCGACCGGACCUCAGCGGGCGGCGAGAGGCACAGAAGCCUUGCAGGAGUCGCGGUCCCACCGGAACGGGACACGGCGGACCGUGAGCUACGAGGCCCGGGAGAGUUCCCCGUCGCCCCCACGGAAGCACCGGAGAGGCGGCAGGACCCGAAGCGGCGCAGGGCAGGAGCAGCCCGGCCCCCGCCCCUCAGGGCGGCCCCGCAAAAUGGCGGCCCCCAUC